AUGCCGGCCUAUAACUCCAUGUUCAAUGCCGACCCCAAUAUCCCCCGAUUAAUAGGCAACUUUCCCCUUUUGCCGCUGCGCACAAAGACUCGCGGUCCAGCCUACACCUUGCCCUUCCCCAACCCGCCUUUGCCCGCCAAUGAGUCCCCAGACCCGGACAGUGAGAGCUACGACAUCCUCGACGAGGUCCUCGCCCUCUUCCGCGCCAACACCUUCUUCCGCAACUUCGAGAUCCAGGGCCCCGCCGAUCGUCUGCUUGUCUACGGUAUCUGGUUCGUCAGUGACUGCCUGACCAAGAUCAAGCCCAACGCCGGUGUGCGCGAUGCGUCCAAGGAUGUCAUGAACGUCGCCCUUGACACCAACUUUGCCAUUCCCGGCGACCCGGCAUGGCCGCUGAACCAGAUGUACGAGCCUCCACGUGAUCGGCAAGAUGCAGAACAGCUCCGACAGUACCUGUCCCAAGUCCGUCAAGAGUUGGCAGCGCGGUUACUGGCACGAGUCUACGACGAGGGCGGUGACGGAAAGCCGAGCAAGUGGUGGUUGAGCUUCACCAAGAGAAAGUUCAUGGGCAAGGCGCUGUGA